AUGGGGAAGAAGAAGCGUGCUUCUAAGAAGGUGCUGCCACCGUCAAAGCCGUCGGAGAAGUUGUCAAAGACAAAGCUAGGGUGGAAAACGAAGAAGGAGAAGGAUGCAGAGAAGCAAACAGAAGAUGGAACAUCCGUUCACAUUACUCAGUCAAAUGAUAUGUUCAAUGCUGUAUUCCAAUAUGGUGGUGAGUUUGUGCUUCUGAACAACGGUGAUACGAUUUACAGAGGGGGUGUGUCGUCGUUAGUUUCUGAACUCCGUUUAGAAGAGUUUACAAUGGAUAGUGUACAUAGGUUGGUGAUGGGUUGGGGGUACCGCGAAGGGACUUAUAGAAUCUGGACUCUAAUUCGUGAAAUAUGUGAAGAUUAUUUUCAACUUAAAAAGGAUGACGAUUGUUAUGACUUUGCUGCAUAUAGUUAUGUUAAUCGAAUAGAUGGAGAACUUUUCAUAGAGCAUGAUGUUGAUUAUUCUGUAGCAUCAGUCAGGUCGCCUAGGUGUGUCAAUGAGGUUGUUGAGAUGGAAGGAAGUGAUGAAGAUGAUGUUGAAGGUUUAGGUGACAGUGAAGAUGAGAGGGCCACUACAAUUCUUGAUGGUUUUGAAGGGAUUGAUAUAGGUUUACCUAUGAAGGAGACUACAAAAGGUUUUGAGUUUAUUAGUGAGCCUAAAGAGAAAAAGUGUGAGGAGGAUGAGUAUAUUAGUGAUGAGUUGGAAAGUUCAGAUCCAGAUUUGUCAGAUAGUGAGAAGGGUAAAGUCAAAAAGUUUGAAAAGUUUAGAAAGGACCAUUUAAAUAAGGAUUUUAAAUUUCAGUGGGGCAUGCAAUUCAACUCCCUAGAUGAAUUUAGAUAUGCCAUACGUGAAUGGUCAGUAUUAAAUGGGAGAGAAAUAACUUUUACCAAAAAUGAAAGUGAUAGGGUAAGGGUAGUGUGCAGGGCCAAAUGUGGGUUUUUAAUGCUUUGCUCCAAAGUGGGCCAUAAGAGGACUUUUGCUAUAAAAACCAUAGUAGACAAACACACAUGUGCUAGGGUUUUAGACAACAGAUCUGCAAAUUCAAGGUGGGUUGCUAAGGCGGUUUUGAAGAAGAUGCAAAGCUCACAGGAUGUUAGAAUCACUGAUAUUAUACAAGAUCUGAGGCAAAAUUACUCUGUAGGUAUAACUGUGUGUAGGGCUUGGAAAGCAAAACUCAUAGCCAAGAAGAUGUUGGAGGGAGAUGCAGACAGACAGUAUGCAAUAUUGAGGAGGUAUGCUGCAGAAUUGCAUAGAGCCAACAUCGGGAACACAUUGUCAAUAACUGUUGAAAGGCCAAAUCCAACCAUCCCACCAAGAUUUGGUUCUUUUUAUUUCUGCUUUGAAGGAUGUAAAAAAGGAUUUCUAAAUGGUUGCAGGCCUUUUGUUGGUGUGGAUGGCUGCCACUUGAAAACCAAGUAUGGGGGUCAGUUACUAAUUGCUGUAGGGAGGGACCCUAAUGAUCAGUAUUUUCCACUUGCUUUUGGGGUGGUUGAGACUGAAACAAAAGAAAGCUGGAAAUGGUUUUUGGAACUGUUGAUGAAUGAUGUGGGCCAUAGUAGCAGAUAUGUCUUUAUAUCAGACCAACAAAAUGGUCUUGUUGCAGUGUUUGAAGAGAUGUUUGAAAGGAUUGAGCACAGAGUUUGCUUAAGGCAUUUAUAUGCUAAUUUCAAAAAAAAAUUUGGAGGAGGUGCCCUAAUUAGAGAUCUCAUGAUGGAAGCUGCAAAAUCCACAUACUACCAAGGUUGGCUUCAGAAGAUGAAUGAGUUAAAGUUGGUAGAUCCUAAUGCCUAG